AUGAAGAAAGAGGAGGAAGAGGAGGACGGAGCAAGGUCUCCAGUAUCCAACGUUAUGUCUAUGAAGAGUGACCGGUCUAAAGGUCGUCCUCCAGCCUUUAGUGAUGAACCUGGACCCUCAGACACAAAGCGUCAGCACCACAGACAGAGAGCAAGGUCUCCAGUAUCCAGCGUUCUGUCUAUGAAGAGUGACCGGUCUAAAGGUCGUCCUCCAGCCUUCAGUAAUGAACCUGGACCCUCAGACACAAAGCGUCAGCACCACAGACAGAGAGCAAGGUCUCCAGUAUCCAGCGUUCUGUCUAUGAAGAGUGACCGGUCUAAAGGUCGUCCUCCAGCCUUCAGUAAUGAACCUGGACCCUCAGACACAAAACGUCAGCACCACAGACAGAGAGCAAGGUCUCCAGUAUCCAGCGGACUGUCUAUGAAGAGUGACCGGUCUAAAGGUCGUCCUCCAGCCUUCAGUAAUGAACCUGGACCCUCAGACUCAAAAGAGAGGAAGAGGAGGGCUGUUUCUGUAGAGGAGCAACUCAUCAGGUCCAUCACCUCAUACUGGGACCAGUCUGCUUCAUCAGGAGACUCCUCCUGUCCCCAGUGUGGAAAAAGAUCCAGAACCAGACCUGGACUGCAGACAGACAGUCAGACCAGCACUGUACAAACAGAAAGUGGUCUGCAGGAGGUUUUAGAUGAACAUCAGAUCAGUCUGAGCAGCACAUGUGAAUGUGUGACUCAAGGAACUGAUGAAGCAGGAAGUGAAAUCCUCCUCAUCAGCAUCUUCACUGAGGUCUACAUCACAGAGGGACAGAGUGAAGAGGUUAAUACCCAACAUGAGGUGAGGCAGCUUGAAACAGCUUCCAAGAUGAAGACCCUCCAGGAUGCUCCAAUCAAGUGUCAGGACAUCUUUAAAGUCUUACCUGACCAACAGAAAUACAUCAGAGUGGUUCUGAUGAACGGUGUCGCUGGCGUUGGAAAAACCUUCUCAGUGCUGAAGUUCACUCUGGACUGGGCACAGCGCUCCAACAACCAAGAUAUCAGUCUGUUGAUUCUGUUCUCGUUCAGGUCGCUGAACUUGAUCAAAGAUAAGUACAGUCUGCUCAUGCUGAUCCAUGUUUUCUAUCCAACAUUACAGAAGCUCACAGCAGAGAAGCUCGCUGUCUGUAAAGUUCUGUUCAUCUUUGACGGCCUGGAUGAAAGCAGACUUUCACUGGAUUUCAACAACAGUGAGGUCGUAUCUGAUGUCACACAGAAGUCAUCAGUCAGCGUGCUGUUAACAAACCUCAUCAAGGGGAAGCUGCUUCCCUCGGCUCUCGUCUGGAUAACUUCCCGACCUGCAGCAGCCAAUCAGAUCCCUCAUUCAUGUGUGGACAGGGUAACAGAAGUACGAGGCUUCACUGACGACCAGAAGGAGGAGUACUUCAGAAGGAGAUUCAGUGAUGAAGAGCAGUCCAGCAGAAUCAUCUCACACAUCAAGACAUCCAGGAGCCUCCACAUCAUGUGUCACAUUCCAGUCUUCUGCUGGAUCACUGCUACAGUUCUGGACCACAUGUUGACUACAUACCAGAGACGAGAGCUGCCCAAGACCCUGACUGACAUGUACUCACACUUCCUGCUGGUUCAGACAAAGAGGAAGAAGAACAAGUAUGAUGCACACAAGACAAAGACGAAGAAGUAUGAUGCACACAAGACAAAGAGGAAGAAGAACAAGUAUGAUGAGGGACAUGAGGAGUUGACGAAGGCUGACAGGAACCUUCUUCUGAAGCUGGGGAGGCUGGCGUUUGAACAACUGGAGAAAGGAAACAUCAUGUUCUACCAAGAAGACCUGGAGCAGUGUGGUCUUGAUGUCACAGAGGCCUCUGUGUUAUCAGGAGUUUGUACACAGAUCUUCAAAAGAGAGAGUGUGAUCUUCCAGAAAACAGUCUACAGCUUUGUUCAUCUGAGCGUUCAGGAGUUUCUGGCUGCAGUCUACAUGUACAACUGUUACACCAGCAGGAAGACAGAGGUACUGGAGGACUUCUUUAGAGUAGACUACAGUUACCCAUAUCUGGAGGACUCCCUGAAAGAUGUGGAGGAUGAUGAAUAUGAUGGUGAUGAUGUUCAUAGUGCUGCUCCUUCUGUUGAUUAUUACAGUAGUGAUGAUGAUGAUUAUUAUUAUUAUUGUAAUAAUGAUGAUCGUCUCGAUGACUUCCUGAUUAAAGUCACGGAGAAAUCUCUCUUCAGUAAAAAUGGCCACCUGGACCUGUUUGUCCGCUUCCUUCAUGGCCUCUCUCUGGAGUCCAACCAGAGUCUCUUAAGAGGUCUGCUGGGUCAGACAGACAACAGUCCAGAAACCAUCCAGAGAGUCAUCGACAAUCUGAAGGAGAUGAACAGUGGUUAUAUCUCUCCUGACAGAAGUAUCAACAUCUUCCACUGUCUGACGGAGAUGAAUGACCGCUCAGUACAUCAGGAGAUCCAAGAGUUCCUGAAGUCAGAGAACAGAUCAAAGAAGGAACUCUCUUUGUUUCAGUGCUCAGCUCUGGCCUACAUGCUGCAGAUGUCAGAGGACGUUCUGGAUGAGUUGGACCUGAAGAAGUACAACACAUCAUGGGAGGGACGACUGAGACUGGUCCCAGUUGUGAGGAACUGCAGAAAGGCUCGACUUUCUGAGUGUGGACUCUCAAAGAUUGACUGUGAAGUUGUGGCCUCAGCUCUGAAGUCCAACCCUGAUCUGACAGAUCUGGACCUGAGUGAAAACCAGGUGCAUGAUUCAGGAGUGAAGCUUCUGUCUGCUGGACUGGAGAGUCCAAACUGUAGACUGGAGACUCUGAGAUUGAUUGGCUGCGGUUUGUCAGAGAUCAGCUGUGCUUCUCUGGCCUCAGCGCUGAAGUCCAACCCCUCCCAUCUGAGAAAGCUGCUGCUGACUAACAACAACUUGAAAGAUUCAGGAUUGAAGCAGCUGUGUGCUUUUCUGAAGAAUCCAGACUGUAAACUGAAGACUCUGAGAUUGAGGGACUGUGGAUUGUCAGAGAUCAGCUGUGCUUUUCUGGUCCCAGCUCUGAAGUCCAACCCCGCCCAUCUGAGAGAGCUGGAUCUGAGUGGCAACUACCUGCAGGAUUUAGGAGUGAAGCUUCUGAGUGAUUUUCUGAAGAGUCCAGACUGUAGACUGGAGACUUUGAGAUUGAGUUGCUGCGUUUUGUCAGAGAUCAGCUGUGAUUAUCUGGCCUCAGCUGUGAAGUCCAACUCCUCCCAUCUGAUAGAGCUGGAUCUGAGUAACAACAACCUGCAGGAAUCAGACGUGAAGCAGCUGUCUGAUCUUCAGCAGAGUCCAGACUGCAGACUGGAGACUCUGAGAUUGAGUUGCUGCAGUUUGUCAGAGAUCAGCUGUGCUUCUCUGGCCUCAGCUGUGAAGUCCAACCCCUCCCAUCUGACAGAGCUGGAUCUGAGUCACAACAACCUGCAGGAUUCAGACAUGAAGCAGCUGAUUGAUCUUCAGCAGAGUCCAGACUGCAGACUGGAGACUCUGAGCUGGCGAUGAUCUCUGACAGAGUGAGAGUGAACAUCCAGGAGUGUUGAGAGAGGAUCAGCUGGAUCCUGAUGAUCCAUCUGGAGUCUGGAUCUGGAUUUUGUCGUCUUCACUUAAGUCUCUUAACUGACUACAAACUGAACAGUUAUCUCUGGAUUUAGCUGAAAUAUUAAACAGUGGUCAUUUGGUAUAUUAUGUGUAUAUGCAGGU